AUGCGGUUGAGAUUUGGAUCGAAGCUCAUAACGUCCCCCAUAUCCUGUGUUCGCUACACUCAGUGCACUACCUCCUCAAACGAAGGGUCUCCGCUCCAGACUAUCAUUGUCGGACGCGCUGAGCACUCGAUCUUUCCAGCUGAACCUAGCCAUGCUCUGGAGGCAAUUAUGCCUGAAGAGCAAGUUGACCUAUUCAGAUCCAACAACCCUUUCUCGGAAGAUCUUUUGGAAAGGCUCAGUGAGAGCUCGAAAACUUUGCCGUUGUUCUGGAGCAGCAUGGCGUCCGUGUCUAUCGCCCAAAAGAAGGACUGGCUCAAGGUCGGUAGUCACACAGGAUCUAUGCCUCGAGACGCUUUGAUGACAGUCGGUAACACCCUCGUCGAGUCACCCUUCCCCUGGUGCUGUCGUCGCUAUGAGAUCCACAGCAGCUCAGCGAGGAUUUGUCGAGCGCCUUUCAUCGUUGGCAAAGAUACCAUUUAUGAUGGCGUGGGUGAUGACGCCAAGCACGAAAGCAACAACAACGGAAAUAGCAGCAAAUGGGCCAUCAAUAAUGGCCGUCCAGCAUUCGAUACAGCCGACUUUAUGCGUUUCGAGAAGACUAUCCUCGGCAUGUUUCGAUACACCACAAUCCUCCCACUCCGCCAAGGACUCCUGGUAUACUCCCCCGACCGUGUCACUGAGCAGGCUCUUCGCCGGCACGCUGUUUUUAAGGACUGGGAAAUUCACGCCUACUCACUUACACCAAAGCCCGGAGGGCCACCAAUCCGCCCGCAUACAUGUGAUAAAUUUGGAAUGGAGCCAAUCUUGUUGCCCAUCGGGCAAGUCGAUUCGAUUGGAGGAUCCUUUCACUGGGCUGCCGUUGAUCUGGUUCAGUCACCGUGA